GUCACUAGUCUAGUGAAAUUUCUAGUGUGUACCUUGUCCAGUAAAUAUUUUUCUCCUUGAACUGAAUAAGACAUAACACACGUCACAAUUUCAAAUUGUAUUGCCAUACUCCGGCGUCAUUUAUUAGGUCAAUAUACCAAAUACGCAGCCCUCCUCCAACAGGAUUUCCAAGACAAUCGUCCACAAUUUAUAAAAUAAUUAUACCUCCACAACCAAGAUGGCGUCACCAAGGUGGGCUGCAUUGGCGCGGGACACAAACGAGACCAAAGUGAAGCUGGCACUGAGCAUAGACGGCGGCGACCUACCACCCGACACUCACCCCAGCCUUCUGGAGGCUGCUGCCUCUGGCCAUGCAUCCCAAUCGAGCAGCUCUCAGAAAAUCAGCAUAAACACGGGCAUUGGCUUCUUAGACCAUAUGUUGCACGCUUUCGCAAAACACGCGGGCUUCAGUCUUCUUCUCACCUGCCAAGGCGACUUACACAUCGAUGACCACCACACGGCAGAAGACGUGUGCAUCGCCCUGGGUGACGCCUUCAAGACAGCCCUGGGCAGCGCCGCCGGCAUCGCCCGCUUCGGCUUCGCAUACUGCCCUCUGGACGAGGCGCUAUCGCGGGCGGUCGUCGACGUCUCGAACCGGCCCUUUGCCGUGGUGGAACUCGGCCUGCGCCGCGAAAAGAUCGGCGACCUGUCGUGUGAGAUGAUCCCGCACUGCAUCAUGAGCUUCGCUACGGCCGCGCGCCUCACCAUCCACGUCGACUGUAUCCGCGGCGAGAACGACCACCACCGCGCCGAAAGCGCCUUCAAGGCCCUCGCCGUUGCCGUCCGCACCGCUGUCGGUAAGGUCGCGGGCAGGGAGGGCGAGGUGCCCAGCACCAAGGGUACGCUGAGCGUCUAGGCGAGUAGAUGGGACGCUUUGGAAGGCUGCUAUGGCAGUUCUCUCACCUUGGUGUUGUUGGCGUCGCCCUGGCGUGGGUGAAAAGAGAUUGGGAAAGCCGAGGUCUCUUUCUAUUGACAGACCUGGCAGUCCAGAGAUAUUGGCUCCUUGACUGUGCAGAUGGCAUUAGAUCCCUUCAGGAGGGCUGCUAUCAUUUUCAGCGAAUUGGCAUGAUGACCUCAAUCGUGCUCGUAUUUGUCUUGGGGCAAGGUAGAUGGAAUGAAGCAAGAGGUGAUACAGCUUUUUGCUGAACCGUCAAGGCAAGAUGAAGAUUGAGCAGGACCUCCUUUGUCAAAGCUGAUUGAUCUUCGGGGGUUUUUGGGCAGCAGUACCUUCGGUUGGCAUGAUUGCCAUAAUUCUGGCCACUCAUAGACAUCUUGGGUUUCCAUGAGCCUACCGAAGUCUAGGCUGGAUUCUGUCGCUGGUGUCUGCUCAAUCCUUAACUUCAUUCCCAGCGGUUUGCGAUUUUUUCCAAUCAACUUUAUCAAGCCCGUCACGUCAAACAUGCAUUGGGACGAAUCUUUGAUUCAAAUAUAAAGCAUAUAGCCAGCGAUAAGCCUAGAAGAAAAUAGAGACACCUCCUUACCACUGCA